AUGGCAGUGACUGUGUUGGAUGGCGAGCAGCCUGCAGAACAGCGCCAGGUUAUUCUGUUCGGUGACUUAAGCCUUGUCAACCUGGAGGAUUCCUUCAAGAGCCUUUUGCACGUCAAGACCAAUCCCCUUCUUACUUCAUUCUUUGAUCGAGUUAACUAUUCGCUGCGGAGGUUACUCGCCGAAUUGCCUUUACAACAGCAAGAUUUCUUCCCUCAUUUCACUACCCUCAUUGAUCUCAUCUCAAGACUUGGAGAGACAAGUGGAACACCAGUUCUUGAAUUCUUCCUUCUCAGUGUGCAGCAAGUGGCCCAAUGCAUUGUAUAUUUCUCUCACGGGUCUAGGAUAUUCCCUCCAGUCAAUGCCUGUCUCAUUGGCCCUUGUACCGGUGGCUUUGCCGCAUCGGCCCUUGCUUGCUCCUAUAAUCUUCCAGACUUCGUCACCAAUGGAGUUGAAGCCACUAUUACAGCCUUCAGGACAGCGCUCCUCUCUUUCUCCGUCUCUCGAAGCUUUUGGUCUCGCUCCAGCUCCGAAAAGUCUUCCUCAUGGUCUGUCGCCGUGAGUUCUCGAAGCGACAAGAGCGUCGAGGAAAUGGCGCGAGAAUAUAUGGCAGUCAAGGUACGUGUUCUUGAUGCGAGUAUCAUGACGUAUAGUAUACUCACAUCUGUUGAUUCAAAGACACCUCUUCGAGAUUCGAUCCUUUGGAAAAGUGCCGUUACUGCUGGCCAGACCGUCACUCUCAGCGGCAAUCCCCCAGUCCUAGAAGAUUUCCUCGAAAACAACUCUACUCAGCUGAAGUAUAAAAUGCUCGAAAUUGAUUCUCCAUACCACGCAGCACACUUGUUUUGUGACUCCGACGUUGACGAGAUAAUUGGCCAAUUAGCAGACACAAAGACAACCGAGCGCCAACCACAGCUGCCUUUGCUUUCCUCUGCUACUGGACGGGCCAUGCCAGCUCCCAGCUUUGAUUCUCUAUUACACACUGUCGUUCAUGAGACCCUGCUGGAGCCCGUUCGCUGGGACUUGAUUCUUGACUCGUGUCAGACGUGGUUAACCCAAAGGGCUGCUCAGGAAUGUGCAAUUCUCCCAUUCUCUAGCAAUGCGGCCACGAUGAUUGCCUCUGAACUUACCAAGCAAAAGAGUCUCCAAGUAACGAUCAGUGAUGUGACAGGUUCCGGUCGCAUUGAUGAUCAGGACUUGCCUACAGGGCGGUUUGAUCAGUCCAAGAUUGCCAUCAUCGGAUAUUCCGGCCGCUUUCCCUCCGCAGAGUCCAACGAGGCCUUCUGGGAACUCCUCAGGGCUGGCCGAGAUGUUCACCGCGAGAUUCCAAAGGAACGAUUUGACUGGGAAAAGUACCAUGACCCGACCAGCAAAAAGAAGAAUACUAGUCGUGUCAAGUAUGGAUGCUGGAUCGACGAACCUGGUCUCUUCGAUACCAAGUUCUUCAACAUGUCUCCCAAGGAGGCUGAAAACACAGAUCCAGCCCAGCGGUUGGCCAUUACAACCACAUACGAAGCCAUGGAAAUGGCUGGUAUGGUACGCAAUCGUACAGCAAGCACACAGCAGGACCGCGUGGCCGUCUUCUUUGGCACUACCAGCGACGACUACAGAGAAGUCAACAGCGGACAAGAUAUCGGCACAUACUUCAUUCCCGGUGGUAAUCGAGCUUUUGUGCCUGGCCGUAUCAGUUAUUUCUUCCGCUUUUCGGGGCCCAGUCUCAGCGUCGACACCGCAUGUUCGUCCAGUUUUGCUGCCAUCCAGGCUGCAUGUGGCUACCUCUGGAGAGGGGAGUGUGAUACUGCUAUUGCUGGUGGUACCAAUGUACUGACUAACCCGGACAAUUUUGCGGGUUUAGAUCGAGCUCAUUUCUUAUCGACAACUGGAAACUGCAAUGCCUUCGAUGAUGAAGCCAAUGGGUAUUGCCGGUCCGACGCUGUCGGCUCCGUUAUUUUGAAGCGACUUGAGGAUGCUGAGGCAGACUGCGAUCCCAUCUUUGGUGUAAUUCUAGGUACCAACACAAACCACUGCGGCCAAACUGAAAGCAUUACCCGUCCUCAUGAGGGUGAUCAAGUCAGUGUCUUCAAAAAUAUCAUGCGCCACUCAGGUAUCGACCCCACAGAUGUCGGCUAUGUUGAAAUGCAUGGCACCGGAACGCAAGCGGGAGAUGCUACUGAGAUGAACUCGGUCCUGUCAGCGUUUGUCCCUGAGUACAAGAGGACUCAGAUGCGUCCAGCACGGCCUCUAUAUCUGGGCUCCGCAAAGGCAAACAUUGGACACGCCGAGUCUGCGUCAGGUGUCUCUUCACUGAUAAAAGUCAUGAUGAUGAUGAAGCACAACGAGAUCCCACCUCACUGUGGUAUCAAAAACCGCAUCAAUCAUAAUUACCCCCUGGACCUAGCUCAGCGGGGUGUGAAUAUUGCUCUCGAAGUCAAGCCAUGGCACCGUGAGGAUGCUCCUUCUGGUCGACGUGCGGUAUUUCUGAACAACUUCAGUGCAGCUGGUGGAAAUACCGCUAUGCUAGUUGAAGAUGCACCAGCUCCAAAGUCGAUGGAUAACAUGAAGGACGCUCGCUCCACCCAUCUGGUCACUGUUUCAGCUAAGUCGUCGAAGUCAUUGAUGUCCAAUAUCAACUCUCUUGUGGCAUCGCUAGAGCAAAAGCGCACCUCCUUGUCGGCUACUGUGCUAUCAUACACCACUACAGCCCGAAGAAUGCAUCAUAACUAUCGCGUCAUUGUGUCGGGCACUGACUUGGAAUCUGUCAAGUCGGCUCUCCAGUCUUGGACGCAGGAGAAUCAAUCUGCAGUUUCUGACCUGAAGCCAAUUCCUGCUAGCCCUAAGAAGCAGACACGUCUGGUUUUCAUGUUCUCUGGACAGGGAACUUUAUAUGCGGAGAUGGGGAAACAGCUAUUCACUGUGAAUGACGCCUUCCGUACUACCCUUCUUAAGCUCAAUCGCCUAGCCCAAAUCCAGGGCUUUCCAUCCUUCCUUGGGCUGAUUGACGGGACUAUCACCGCGGCACAACUUCCAAAUGUCAGUGCAGUGGUAUCGCAACUAGCUCUUGUCUGUGUCCAAGUUGCUCUCUUUGAGCUUUGGAAAUCCUGGGGCAUUGCUCCAGCAGCCGUGAUUGGUCAUAGUCUAGGUGAAUAUCCUGCUCUCUAUGCAGCAGGAGUUCUCAACACCGCAGACAUGAUCUACCUGGUGGCAACCCGGGCUACACUACUCGAGAAAUUGUGCUCUCGUGGUACUCAUUCUAUGCUUGCAGUCAAGGCACGCCAGGACGUGGUUGAUGAAUUGAUGAGAGCUUCACUCGUUAAUGACGAGUGUGAGAUAGCGUGUGCUAACCAACCCUCAGGAUAUGUGAUUGCUGGCCCUGGAGACAAAAUUGCCGAGAUCUCGCGACAAGCAGCACGGACGGGAGUAGAAGUGGUCAAUUUAGAGGUUCCAUUUGCUUUCCACUCCCCUCAGGUGGAACCUAUCUUAGCAGCCUUCGAUGAGAGUGCAUCGCAAGGAGUGGUCUACAAUCCUCCUGCCAUCCCGGUUCUCUCGCCACUCUUGGGAAGGGUUGUAUCUGCGGGAGAGCAUGGUACUUUGACAUCUCACUAUCUCUCUGCUGCUUGCAGAGAACAGGUCAACUUCACAAAGGCUCUUGCCUCUGCUACUGAGUUCGCAGACCUUGACCGCACGAUCUGGCUUGAGAUUGGUGCUCAUCCUGUGUGUAGUGGUAUGAUCAAGGGUACAAUUGACUCACGCGCUAAGACUAUCGCAACACUUCGUCAGAAGGUUGAUCCGUAUCAGACGCUGACUGCCGGUCUGAAAACACUAUACCUGGCAGGUCUUGACAUCAACUGGAACGAGUACCAUCGUCACUUCCCAGCAGCCCAUCAAGUUGUUGAGCUUCCAAGAUACUCAUGGGAUCUCAAAAAUCAUUGGAUUCCAUACCGCAAUGACUUCCUUCUCACAAAGGGCGGAGAGGCGCCUAUGGAGGUUGCUUUACCUCCGGUUCCAGUGCGGAAGUAUCUCUCUCCAUGUGCGCAGCAGAUAGUUGAAGAGACUCAUGGAACCGAUCAUUCAUACAUGAUGGUGGAGUCAGACAUCUUCAACGAGAAGCUGCUUCCCGUGCUGCAGGGACAUCUUGUGAAUGGAGCAGCACUAUGUCCAUCGUCAAUGUACGCAGAUCUUGCGUUCACUGUGGCUGACUAUUUGGUCCGCCAAUCUCCCAACAAGCUCCCACCUGCCACCACAGGGCUGGAUGUGGCAAACGUCAAAGUGUUCAACCCUCUCAUUGCCAAAAAUAAUGAGACCGCACACCUGUUCCGCUUCUCAGCAAAUGCAGACUGGGCCGCUAACCGCAUUGCUAUGGAGAUCUUCAGCGUUAAUGUUACUGGAAAACGCACAACAGCACACGCCAAGUUUGAAGUCAAUGUAUUCCCACAUCACCAGUGGCUAAAAGAGUGGAAACGCAAUACUCAUUUCAUCACUGCACGGAUCGACGCCCUGAAUGCCAGCAUCCACAAUCCCAACACAGAAACGCAUCUCAUUAAGCGCGGACUAGCAUAUAAGCUGUUUUCUGCUCUUGUUGAUUACAGCAAGGAAUAUCAGGGCAUGUCAGAGAUCAUCCUUGAUAGCCAUCGGCUGGAAGCAGUAUCUACCGUUCAGUUCCAGAUUGGCAAGGAUGAGUUCUGUAUCAACCCCCGAUGGAUUGACAGUCUGGGUGGCGUGGCUGGCUUUAUCAUGAACGCCAAUGACGGAGUUAGCAGCAAGGAUCAGGUCUUUAUCAAUCACGGAUGGGAGACUAUGCGCAUUGCAGAACCCCUCCAGGAGAACAAGACCUAUCAGGCCUACAAUCGGAUGCAGUUGGUUGAAGGCACGACAUACGCUGGAGAUACAUAUAUACUGGACGAAGGCCGCAUCAUUGCUGUAUUCCAGGGUGUCACGUUCCAAGGUGUGCCACGCCGUGCCCUUGACCACCUCCUUCCAGGGAAUAGCCCCAAGGCUAGCACAGCGGCAAAGCCUGUCGCCCCUGAAGCCUCUUCGAAGCAAAUUCCUGCCAAGUCAGCCUCGCCCCAGUCUGUCCGCCAAGCUACUCCCAAGCCGAAGCUUGUUUCGCAGUCACCGUCGAGGGUGUUCAAUAGCAUAUUGGCUUUGAUAAGCGAGGAGGUCGGCGUUGGAAUACCUGAUCUCACUCCGGAUGCUGAGUUUGCAAAUCUAGGAGUAGACUCACUCCUUUCUUUGACCAUCACUGCCAAAAUACGAGAUGAACUAGGUCUCGACUUCCCUCCAUCUUUGUUUGUCGACGAGCCCACAGUGGGUGAGUUGCGGACCCUGGUGGCAAGCACAGAAGAAGACGAUACACCAAGUGGCACGUCAAGUGGCGAAGAAGACUAUUUUGCAGAGUCCCAGGGCUCCACUCGCGCGACUUCGGUGGGCGUUCUCACCCCAGAUGGUGACGAGCCUUCGUCUUCAUCUCCUGAGAGUGCGAGAGUUGCCCUAGUCCUGCGACAAGCGAUUGCCGAAGAGACCCAGGUAGCCAUGGAUGAACUCAAGUCCCAUACCUGUCUAGCAGAUAUUGGUGUAGAUUCAUUGCUUGGACUCACCAUCAGCGGCAGACUUCAGGAGCUCUUGCAAGUCGAAAUUCCCGGCAGCAUGCUGAUGGAACUUGAGACCGUGCAAGAAUUGGAAGAAGAACUGUACGACGCUAUGGGGCUAGAGAAACCACAGGCAAACCCCAAAGCAAAACUACUCAAGACUCAUAUAUCCUCCGUUACUCGGGACAAGCCAAUCCCAGUCUCGUCUACAAUGCCCGGGACAACAAAUUCGUCUCUCCCGCAAGCCACCUCGAUCCUCCUGUCCGGCUCUCCCAAGGCCGCUCAGGUAAUUCUCUUCCUUUUCCCAGAUGGCUCCGGGUCCGCCUCGUCCUACGCAGCUUUAGCCCCAGCCGUGGCUCCCAAGACCGUGGCUGUGUACGGACUGAACUGCCCCUGGCGCAAGACCGCCCGCGAAAUGACACGCCUAGGAAUCACCAUGUCAAGUAUGGUCGCCCAAUACCUCCCAGAGGUACAGCGAUUGAUUCAAGCGGUCCACUCACAGGGUAAUACCAAUGCAUCUAUCGCAUUCGGCGGUUGGUCCGCGGGCGGAAUCCUCGCCUUCGAAGCAAUCCGACAGAUGAGCCAACAGCAAACCACGACCAGUGUUUCCCACCUUGUUCUGCUUGACUCGCCCAACCCUAUCGGUCUACAAAACCCACCAAAGCGAAUGUUCGAUUUCUUUGAUAGCUUGGGAAUCUUCGGCACAGCACCAGCUAAGAAUGGCGUCAAGCCCAAGACCCCGGAAUGGCUCCUCGAACAUUUCAAUGCGUUCAUCAGUAUCCUGGAUGAGUAUGAGCCAUCUCCACUGCCUAACGCACCAGCUUCACUGAUGGUAUAUGCUCGCGAUGGAGUGUGCAAGGAUCCUAAUGGACCGAAGAUGGAGAUCCGGCCUGAUGAUCCGCGGGAGAUGAUCUGGUUGUUGAACAAUCGUACCGAUUUCUCUGCAGAUGGAUGGGCUAGUAUUGUUGGAAGGGAAGGGUUGAGUAUUACGGUUCUUGGUGAGGUGAAUCACUUCACAUUGAUGGACAAGGGACCUAAAACGAUCGAGAUGGGUGAGGCUGUGGCUGAGUUUUUGAAGCGGGGCUAA